AUGGAUUUUGAGUCUCGCACAGGUCAGAUUGAAGGUCCCACCAAUCCUAUCGGAGGACCAUCGAAUAAUGCACAAUCUGGUCAGGUUCAUGCAUAUUCGGUGGAGGCUACUGGAGCUACUCCUGGAGCUGAGGCUUUAAAAGCGAUGGAAGGUCGGCUUAUGAAUGCAGUCCGAGAUGCAGUUCGAGAUGCUAUGAAGGGAGUGAAGGAAAAAGUCACUUCAUUGUCUACGCAGCUAGGUCUUCUAGAAGAGGAGGUGAAAAGUCUUAGGUUGAGUGUUCCCGGAAGUGACAAUCCGGCGGUCCAAGAUGAUGGUGAUGGUAGUGACAAUAGCGAGUCGGAAGAAGAGGAUGGAGAUGUGGGUGGGGAUAAGGAGUCGGAGGAAGAGGAUGGUGGUGACAAUAACGAGCCAGACGAAGAGGAUGGUGGUGACAAUAACGAGCCAGACGAAGAGGAUGGUAGUGACAAUGAUGUUGAAGAUGCCAUUCUCGAUAUUUCAAAGGAUGUGCAGAGGGAAUAUGGUGAUGUUGACAUGGAUGAUGAUGAUGCGGAGAUGUCGAGAAAAGAUGAUGGCAAAGAAGCAGUUCCUGUGAAAAAGGUUAAGGUGGACCGUGGUGAUACUGUGAGGAGUCCCAUUCAGCUAAGAAGCAGGGCAGCAGAGAAGAGCAGCAAAGGUGAAAAGAAGCAGAAGGCAGCUGCUGAGAAGAAGGCAGCUGCAGCAGCUAAGAAGAAGGCAGCUGCUGAGAAGGAGGCAGCAGCUGAGAAGGAGGCAGCAGCUGAGAAGGAGGCAGCAGCUGAAAAGGAGGCAGCAGCUGAAAAGGAGGCAGCUAAGAAGAAGGCAGCAGCUAAGAAGACAAAGAAAGUAGGUAAGAAGACCGAGUGA